UUCACAGUUGUUUCCGGGAAGCGGGACUCCAAAUGGGUCGCAGUCGUAGCCGCUCCCCACGGAGGGAACGUAGGCGUUCCCGGUCCACAUCCCGGGAGAGAGAACGCAGGCGCCGAGAAAGGUCCAGGUCUCGGGAGAGAGAUCGGAGAAGGAGCCGUUCGCGAUCCCCGCACCGAAGACGCUCCCGGUUUGCAGAGGAAGACUUAGAGGGCAAAACAGAGGAAGAAAUAGAAAUGAUGAAGUUAAUGGGAUUUGCCUCCUUUGACUCCACAAAAGGUAAGAAGGUGGAUGGCUCUGUAAAUGCCUAUGCCAUAAAUGUCUCUCAGAAGAGGAAGUACAGGCAGUACAUGAAUCGAAAAGGUGGAUUCAACAGACCUUUGGAUUUCAUUGCAUGAGAAUUGAAAUGUUGAAGGAUAACUUUUUUUCCCCUCAUCUUGGUCAGAGAGUGGAUUUUGUAUUUUGUAUUUAACUUGCAUUCAAAAAACAGGAUCUCAGUUCUCCCUUCUUGUAAAGUAAGAAAAUCUUAUUUAUGAUGUAUGCAGUUAAUUUACCUUGCCUCAACAGAAGAAAGGUUAAAUAUUACAUUUUUUUCUUUUAGGAAAUAUCAUUUGUGGCAGGCGUCAACCCCAUUUUAUUUGUCCUUAUUCCUGUGGAAGCAGUAUAUGUUUUCUUCUUGAAUGCUCAUUAGGACUUCUUAAAAAACAUGAAAGUAAUUUGGAAGUAAGUUUAUCCAAUAAAGCAGUAUUUCUACCCUUUUAGAUUUGAUAAAUAUUUUUUAUUACUAACGAAUCUCCCUAGACAUUUUCUUUUUUUUUUCAUGCAUAGAUUUAAGUAUAUUGAUUGUUAGUAGUUUAAAAAUGGGAAGAAUGAAAAAGCAUAACUAGAUUUUUCUAUCUUCUAUGGUCCCCCCGAAAAAAAUGCCAUUUAUGGUUCUCUCCCCAAGUAUAAAAAGCGUUACAUGCAAAAAAAAAGAUCUGAGAGAAACCAAAAAGUAAAAGAAAGGCAGAAAAUCACCUGUUAUCUACUCCCAGAAAAAAUCAAUUUCAACAUUUUGGUAUAUGUCUUUCCAGGCUUCUUUGGGUUAAUCCCAUCCAUGAUAUCAGAAUAUGUAUGCAGUUCUUUCUUUAACCCUUUUUUCUCCCAUGUACUGUGAACAUUUAAAAAGUACUUUUAAAUAUUCUUUGGAAACUUAGCUUUUAGUAGCUACUUGGUUGUAUCAUAAUUUAUUAACUAAUGUUUUAUUGGUAAACACUGGCUUGCCUCCCAUGACUUGCCAUUAUAAUUAAAACUGUGACUACUCUAUCUCCAUUACAUACA